CCCCACCCACAGUCCGCCGCCUAGUCUAGGGGUCGCUUCGCUUCCCCUUGUUGUUAUCAACACCUCUCCGGGCCAAGGUGUUGUCAAGCUUGCGAGUAUCUUGGUUCCUGGGAACCCUUUGCCACAGGCUGAAUGGCAUCCAAUAUGGGCCCGCUGCCUUUGCAAUAUGGCUCAUUUCUUCGCUUCCCCCCAAAAAAAGAUCAUCUGGAGCUACGGGGUCCCGGCCAGAAACAAUCUCGAGCGCGAUCUAGGGGAAGGGUCCCAGGCCCUCUGUUUACACUCAGUGUUCCUGGCAAGCCCGUCGAUAUUGGGCAAUAUGAAGAUUACCUGACAUUUUCCCGGGAGCGUACUUAUCGAUUUCCUAUAUAAUGACCGGGCUGGGACUGAGUGGUCUGGUCUCUGCUCACGCUUGCGCAUCCCAUCAUCCAACGAGCAUCUCUAGUCUUUGAUCUGCCAAGUCACAAUGGAGUCAAGCCUUCGCUAUAUCUGGGUGCUCCUUGCAUUCAUGCUCCUCCGGGGGGUGCGUGCUGAUUGCAAGAGUUAUGGUGUAGACUUCUCCAACGGCGGGUCCUACCAAAUCGACGGAUCUUCCAACCAGUACUUCAGCUUCAUCUCCGUCUUCCAAGGUUGCAACCGAGAGAACAUCAGCCCCGUCCUCGUCAGCCCCGAUGGCAACGAAUACGCAUGCUCAAGCAUCGAUACCUCUUCGGAUGGCGCCCAAGUGACUUCAACAUGUGGUAUCCCCUUCUCGGCGAUGAAAUCCGGAGUCUGGAAGAUCGUCCUGGAGAGCAACCAGAUCGCUGUGCAGCGUUCCAUUACUCUGAAGAUUGGCGUCCCUGAGACAGUGGUCGUGACAGCUACCCCAACCAUCGUGCUUGGCAUAACUAGCACCCCUCAGGCCCAGACUGUUCGGUCUACGAUCACGCAAACACAGACCCUUAUUAUCGUGGCGUCGACGGUUACCGCAGCCUGCAAUGGCGGCACGAGAACCGUGACAAACUACCAGCAGGGUCAAACCGUGACUGUGCAGUCCACUGUGACGCGCUCGUUGACGGACGGACAGGUGACAAGCUACUGGACAACCACGGCCUCGGCAACGGCCGUGUGCCACUACCCAUCCACACAGAACAACUAUGAUGGCGCCGCUGCUCCCACGGCCCGGUCAAGCUUCUGCAUUGGCGAUGCCUGCAAUCUGCAAGCCAGAGACCAAGAGGGAGUCAACAAAGUCCAGGAGCGAGGUAUCGCUGGUUCCGCCGCCGUCGCAGCCGUCACUUCGACCUACACAGAAACGACCUAUACGGUUACCAGGACUAGCGUCACCACCAUCCCGCCCAGAACUGCGACCGAAGUUGAUUACCGAACUAUCACUACCACUAUUGCUCCCGCACCCACAACCGUUUGCACUGGUGGUGGCAAUCAAGCCACCGUCACCGUUGUCAUGGGCGAUUCGGGGGCCGUCACCCAGACCAACAUUGUCUACCAAACUACUCGCGCCGCGGGAACAGUAUGGGUUGGUCAAACGCAGUAUACCACUUUUACAAACUCGGCCAGUGCCACGGCUUGCUGGAGGGCCGGCGGCUGGAUCGGUGUCUAAACGGGUGCUCGAGGCCCUCGGCGCGCCGAUACAUCUCUCCUGGCCGGCAGCUUGGGUAUAAUGAUAACAACAACAGCACCAACAACAACAACAACAACAACAACAACAACAACAACAACAACAAAAAACAACAAAUACUUCUUAAUUCUUGUCGCAAUCUCUCAGAGUGUACUCAAACGUGCGGCCUUGGUAUUGCAUUGCUCGGGAUGAAUAGGGGGAAGGGAGGAAUCG